CCGUCAUUCCGCUCUCAACCCUCCUUUCAAGACCUUGACCGCCUGCCCGGACCCUGCGCCAACACUGCCUUCACCUUCUCGCACCUUCCAACCCCCGCAGUAGAACGCGACAGACCGGCGUUCUGCUUCACCCCGCAACACCAAAAGUCUCUUCCCGCGCGUUCGAACGUUCGCAACCGUUGCCAGGCAUUCCUUGGAGAUCUGACAGGCCACCUGCACAAGGCGCGCGACCAUGCCCGUCUCCAUCGAGGAGUUGGACGCAACCGUCCGAGCCUUCUAUGAAGGCCGCGGCGAGCAGCAAAAAGCUGCCCAAGCCGCUCUGAAUCAGUUCAAGGAAGACCCCGAUGCCUGGCUGAUGGUUGACGAGAUCCUAUCGAGGGCGACAUACGAACAGACCAAAUUCCUGGGGCUGCAGGUUCUCGACAAUGUUAUCAUGACGAGGUGGAAAGUCCUGCCGCGGGAGCAGUGUCAAGGAAUCCGCAACUUUGUCGUCCAGUACAUCCUGCAGUGUUCUAGCAGCGAGGAGGCUCUCAAGACUCACCGAACCCUCCUUAACAAGCUCAACCUCGUGCUUGUCUCGGUGCUGAAGCAGGAAUGGCCGCACAACUGGCCCACGUUCAUCAACGAGAUCAUCUCCGCCUGCCACUCGAGCCUAUCCGUGUGUGAGAACAACAUGAUCAUCCUCCGCCUCCUGUCCGAGGAAGUCUUCGACUACUCUGCCGAGCAGAUGACAUCUACGAAAACUCGCAACUUGAAGACGACCAUGUGCGCAGAGUUUUCCCGGAUCUUCCAGCUCUGCCAGGAGAUCCUCAACAGCGCGACCCAGCCCAGCCUCAUCAAGGCUACCCUGGAAACACUCUUGCGCUUCUGCAACUGGAUCCCAUUGGGCUACAUCUUUGAGACUCCGUUGAUCGAGACCCUCCGAACACGAUUCCUUGAAGUGCCAGAGUUUCGCAAUGUCACGCUGCAAUGUUUGACCGAGAUUGGCGGCCUGCAGACUGGCGGUCCUGGCCAGAUCAACUCGUACGAUGAGCAGCUGGUCAAGAUGUUCACCGAGGUUCUGACCUCCAUUUCCAACAUCAUCCCCCUGGAUAUGGACCUCAAGACGACGUAUCCCCAAAGUAACUCGCGCGACCAGGAGUUUAUCCAGAAUCUGGCGCUUUUCCUGUGCAACUUCUUCAGCAUGCAUCUGCCGCUCAUCGAGAACCUCCCAAAUCGGGACUUCCUUACCCACGGCCAUUUUUACCUCAUCCGCAUCUCGCAGAUUGACGACCGCGAGAUCUUCAAGAUCUGCCUCGAUUACUGGCUGAAACUCGUUCAAGAGCUGUACGAAGAGAUGCAGUCCCUCCCGAUCUCCGACAUGACGUCCAUGUCCCUCGGGAUGAUGGGCGGCGGCGCGCCCAAUCCGGCCCUGCUCAACAAUUACCCGCUCCGCAAGCACAAGUACAACGAGGUCUUGUCAAACUUGCGGGUGGUGAUGAUCGAGAAGAUGGUCCGGCCGGAGGAAGUUCUGAUUGUGGAGAAUGACGAGGGCGAGAUCGUCCGUGAAUUCGUCAAGGAGACCGACACGGUACAGCUGUACAAGACGAUUCGUGAAUGUCUGGUUUACCUCACCCACCUAGACGUUGUCGAUACCGAGCAGAUCAUGACGGAGAAGCUGGCACGCCAGGUCGACGGGUCCGAGUGGUCGUGGCACAACUGCAACGUGCUCUGCUGGGCCAUCGGUUCGAUUUCCCUGGCCAUGAACGAAGAGACAGAGAAGCGGUUCCUCGUCACGGUCAUCAAGGAUCUGCUGGGGCUUACCGAAAUGAAGCGCGGCAAGGACAACAAGGCCGUGGUCGCCAGCAACAUCAUGUAUAUCGUGGGGCAAUAUCCGCGUUUCCUCAAGGCGCAUUGGAAGUUCCUUAAGACGGUCGUCAAUAAGCUCUUCGAGUUUAUGCACGAGUCUCACGAAGGUGUCCAGGACAUGGCCUGCGAUACCUUUAUCAAGAUCGCCAAGCAGUGCAGGCGUCACUUCGUUGCGCUCCAGCCGAGCGAAAACGAGCCGUUUAUCGAGGAGAUCAUCCGAAAUCUGGGCAAGAUCACCUGCGACCUUACUCCUCAGCAAGUCCACACGUUUUAUGAGGCCUGCGGCUACAUGGUGGCUGCCCAAGGAAAUAGAAACCAGCAAGAGCGCCUCCUCACGGACUUGAUGGCCAUUCCAAACGCCGCCUGGACAGAGAUCAUCAAGCAGGCGACCAUAAACCCUGCUAUCCUCCAGGAUGCUGACACCAUCAAGAUCAUUGGCAACAUCAUGAAGACCAACGUAUCCGCCUGCUCAUCAAUCGGGCCAUAUUUCUACCCUCAAAUCGGCCGGCUGUACAACGACAUGCUGCAGAUGUAUGCGGCCACAAGCCAGCUUAUCUCCGAGGCGGUUGCUCGUGAAGGCGAGAUUGCGACCAAGAUGCCCAAGGUCCGCGGCCUUCGCACCAUCAAGAAGGAGAUUCUCAAGCUCGUCGAGACCUUUGUCGACAAGGCAGAGGAUCUGCAGGCCGUCAGGACCCAGAUGGUCCCUCAACUACUCGACUCGGUGCUGGUCGACUACAACCGCAAUGUCCCUGGCGCCCGCGAUGCCGAGGUCUUGAGGGCCAUGACGGCUAUUAUCACCAAACUCUCGGGCCUUAUGGAGGACCAAGUCCCCGUGAUCAUGGAGAACGUUUUCGAGUGCACUCUCGACAUGAUCAACAAGGACUUCUCCGAGUUCCCAGAGCACCGCGUCGAGUUCUUCAAUCUCCUUCGGGCCAUCAACCUUCACUGCUUCCCUGCACUCCUGAAGCUCGACAACCGCCAAUUCAAGUUCGUCAUUGACUCAUGCUUGUGGGCUAGCAAGCACGACAACCGCGAUGUCGAAACUGCCGGGUUGAACAUGUGCCUGGAGCUGAUCAACAACAUCGCCGAGAAGACGGACGUGCGGACCUGCAACGCCUUCUUCAAUCAGUUCUUCAUCACCAUCCUACAGGACGUGUUCUUUGUCCUGACGGACCAGGACCACAAGGCUGGCUUCAAGACGCAGUCGAUGCUCCUGAUGCGCCUGUUCUACUUUGUCCACCCGGCCGACGGCACGCAACCCAAGAUCCAGGGCCCCAUCUACCAGCCGGAUCAGGCACAGCCAGGCACAGGCAACCGCGAAUUUUUGGCCAACUUUGUCAGCACUCUGCUGCAGAACGCCUUUGCCAACCUGACCCCGGUCCAAAUCACCUCUUUCGUCGAGGGCCUGUUCACGCUCAACACGCAGUACGACAAGUUCCGCCUCGCGCUACGGGACUUCCUCAUCUCGCUCCGCGAGUUUGCCGGCGACAACGCCGAACUAUACCAGGUCGAGAAGGAGCAGCAAGAGCGGGAUGCCCGGGCGGCCGACCUCGAGCGCCGUUCCAAGGUGAGUGGCCUGCUCAAGCCGUCGGAGCUCGAAGAAGACGAGCUGUGACUAGUCGGGGAGGAGCUUCGGACCGAAUUUGCGCCUCGGCAUGAGGUGGGGGAGAAGGCGAUUGUGGGUGGUGAACUUCGAGGGGAUGGCUGGGAGUUU